CCCUGACGCCACAAGGCAACCGUGACGCAACGUCCGGUAAGAUGGUGGCGCCCAUGGGCUGAAUGCGCUGGAAGAAUCUGGAAAGGUGGAGAAGCUUCGGUGCAGUCGGCAGCGGGAGGAGGUGGCUGCACGGCCGGGAAGGUGACCGGGCCAAGAGGUCGUGGAUAUCGGGAUUGAGGCUUCUUAAAAAUGGCAGACGGUGGAUCUGAGAGAAACAGGCAACAUCCCAGCAAUCUGCAGGGGCUGCUGAGGCUUGCAGUGGAAGCUGGUUCAGUGGGGGAUACAGCUCCUGAAUUGCAUCCCAUGCCAGAAGAACGGAGACAGUGGCUGCAGGAUGCACUAUCAGAUGUAUUUAAUGGACAACUGGAUGAACUGAAACAGAUCAAGGAUUGUCUUCAAAUUCUGAGUGAUACAUCUGAAGAUGACCUGAACGAGGAUGGAAGGAGGAGCAAUGCACUCGACACUGUAGCAGAUCUGUGCGAAAACCUGGACAAUGCAGGAGAUUUCUGUAAGCUGGGUGGCAUGCAAAUUGUGGUCCAGAACUUCCUGGAAUGCCCAGAUCCAGAGCUUCGAUGGCGAGUGGCAAACCUCAUUGGCACCUGUAGCCAGAAUAAUCCCUUUGUCCAGGAGCAUGUGUUGAACCUGGGCACCAUGUCCAAACUCCUGGAUCUUCUGAACAGUGACAGCAAUGACAUGGUGCGAAUCAAGGCCCUCUUUGCUGUAUCAU